AGAAGAGUUCAUUCCAUCGUACCUACAAAAGAAGGAGGAGAAAAAGGCCGCAUAAUGGCGAAGGAAACCGCCAAGAAGAACCUGCGAUCGAACAACGCUCGCAUGCGCGUCUUCGCGGCGAUCACGGCGGCCGUGAACGCCCUCUACGUGUUUGCCAUUCUCCACCGCCGUGGUGGUCUGCCGUCCUUCACGGACCUGCUGGCAAUCGUCUUCUGGGCCGGCCAGGAGUACGCGGCCUACCGCACAUUGCACAAGCUAGCCCAGCCGACGCUCAGCCCGGAGGGGGACCUCCUCGACUGCAUCGACGCGUCGAAUCCGACGGAGCUCGGCUACUACACCUUCGUGCAGGACAUGCUGUGGGUGUGCUGGGUGGUGCAGCUCUUCUGUAUUCUGCACCCCGCCUUCUUCGUCUUUUACCUCCCGGUGCCUGCGACGCUCCUGUACAAGCUGUGGACGACGGUGCUGCGGCCGCUGGCGUCGAUGUACUUUGGAGGUGGUGGUCAAGGUGGCCAGCCCGGCGCGCAGGACAACGGUGGUGCGGCGGCCGGCGGCAGCGCGGCCCCGCGUAAUCGCCAGGAGCGUCGGAAGGAGGAGCAGAAGCAGCGCAAGGCGUCGCGGCGUGGGCGGGUGGAGGAGUGA